CAGGAGAGUCGGAAACGCCAGCGAAUCACGAAGCAGCCCAGCAGCAAAGCAUUGUUGCCGCUGCCGAGGAGUCCAGCAUGUUUCCUUACACCACCUUCCCCGCUGUCGGGAUCUCGAGAGGGCGCAGGAGCCGGAAGGGCCAAUGUCGAGUAGCUUGGUCCUGUUUGUUAGGAAGGGAACACAACUGCGGCCGUGGGGACGAUGGGGGUUAAACGAAAAAAAAGAAAAGCACGCAUACUGAAUGCUCGUCGUCCCCGGCAGUAUCAUGGCGAUAAGCCUGUUCUCUCUGUGUCUCUCGCUUUCUGAAAGUCAGAGAAAAUCAGAGCGAGAGCGUCGACUCGUUAACGCACACGACAGUGUCGGCCACAAAUGUCUAUGACGUCCGUCAGAGGACGAACGAACGAAAGCACAUCCUACGAGAGCUAAAGCCAAGCGCGGGUAUGGAGGCGGCAGCAGCAGCCGCAGCAGCGGCCGCAGCCGCAGCGGCGAACGGCACGGCGAGCAUCGAGCACGAGUUUCACAACAACCUGGUGCCGAUAAAUGGCAGUCACUCGAGCAGCUCCGGACGCAGUACUCCGAACAGUAGCGAUCCGGCGCCGGGAAAGCUCUUCGUUGGUGGACUCUCAUGGCAGACGAGCAGCGAGAAGCUUCGAGAGUACUUCGGCAUGUUUGGCACCGUCACCGACGUACUCAUCAUGAAGGAUCCCGUCACGCAGCGCAGCCGUGGGUUCGGCUUCAUCACGUUCGCCGAGCCGGGCAGCGUCGACAAGGUGCUCAAGUGCCCGAUCCACACGCUCGACGGCAAAAAGAUCGAUCCGAAGCACGCCACCCCCAAGAACCGCGCCAAGCAGGCCAACCGCACCAAGAAGAUCUUCGUGGGUGGCGUGUCGCAAGACACCUCCAGCGAGGAGGUGAAGGCCUACUUCAACCAGUUCGGCAAGGUGGAGGAGACGGUGAUGUUGAUGGACCAGCAGACCAAGCGCCACCGGGGCUUCGGCUUCGUGACCUUCGAGAACGAGGACGUGGUGGACCGAGUGUGCGAGAUACACUUCCACACCAUCAAGAACAAGAAGGUGGAGUGCAAGAAGGCCCAGCCGAAGGAGGCCGUGCAGCCGGGCGCGUUGGCCCUGGGCAAGCGCGUGGUGCUGGGCGCGCUGGGGGCGGUGCGCCUGGCCCCGCAGCCGGCGCUGCCCGUAGCCGGCGCGGCGGUGGCCUCGCAGCUCGUGGCCCAAGCGCAGGCACAGGCGCAAGUGCAGGCGGCCGCCGCGGCCGCGGCUGCGGCCCAGGUGCAGAGCGCCGUCGCGGGCUACGGCAAGCUGUUCGCCGCGCAGGGCUACCCGGGCUCGCCGCUCUCGGCCUACCGCUACGCCCCGUACCCGAUCCCCGCGUCGGCGGCGGCGGCGGCGGCGGCGGUGGCCGCCGCGGCCGCGGCCACGCCCGGGGCCCAGGCCCUGCCGGCCAACCCGGCGGCGGCGCCGCAGGCGCCCGGCCAGCCCCAGGCCAACUCGCCGGCGGCGGCAGGCGUCGCGCCGCCCAACCCCUACCAGGGCUACUCGCUCACCAACGUCGACAUGUCGAGCUUCCAGGGCGUCGACUGGGGCUCCAUGUACGGCAUGGGCAUGUAUGUCUAAGUCGCCCUCGGCGAGCGAGUCCCCAGUCAUCCAGUAAGUACAUCAUUACCAAGCAGGACCAAGCUGACGAGCGCUCUCGUCUGGAGAGCGACCGAGCGACGGCAGAGAGACCGGGCGCCCGAUCCGGCCCGCCCACACCCGCAGCCACACGCACGCCCACUCACACACACACACCCACACGCACACGCGUGCUCGCAGCGCAGCGCUCUCGGUCGCUGAGUCGUCUGUCUGACUAUCUGUCUGACUAUUUGUCUGUCUGUCUGUCUGUCUGUCUGUUUGUCUGUCUCCUCUGUUCUCCGCGAGCGCGCAUUCGUGGCAACGCGCGGCAAGACUGUCUUCUUCUAUGCGUUGCCGAAAGCUGCUCUCAUCGCCGUACUUAACUCGCGUGCCACGAUGCAGCCGCGCGCGUGCGGUAGGCCAAGGACUGGCGAGAGCCAGCGGCGUUCGACGCGCCGGACAUUGUUCAACAGCGAAAACACACAUCGUUUUAUCGAGUAGUGCAAACAGCGCGUUAGGGUUCCUAUAAUUCCUAUGUGUAAUCUCCGACGACGACGACCCCCCUCCCCCCCUAGACAUACCUUACUCUUUCCCCCUCUUGAAUUGCGAAGAAACUUUUGAUUUCUUUUAUUUAUUAUUACUGCGCUGCUAUAGUGCUGCUCUCUGAUAUUAGUACUGAUAUUAUUAUCGACCUUAUACAUAAGUAUUAUUAGUCGUAUUAUUUUGACAUAUCGUCGCGAGUUACGUAUGUUACUGAUAAUAUACUUAGAGCUAGCGCCCCUUCGUUCUCUUCCGCUGUUACGCGAAAAUGCGAAGAACAGAGCGGCGCGCGAGAGUGGGAGUGUGCCCACGCGCGCGCGCACACAUACACAUAUACUCACAUCGGCAGGAGUACUUUUCUUCGUUUCCCCCGGCCACGCGUGUGAUAAGUCCUCUCUCUCACGACGACAAGUCAAGACAGCGCGUCGUUACUUAAACACAGGCUCUCUCGUACACGUUUCGCAGUUCUCCCUCUCUCGCGCCGCUCCACCGCCGGACAUUAUUAUGCCGUCGCAAUAUAUAACAAAAAGCAGUCUUUUGUUCUUAUUGCGCUUUUCGAGAAGCUUUUCUUCCUUACGCUCGUAUGCGUAUGCUCGAGUUUAAAGCUCUUAGGCAGUUAUCGACUAGAUGUAGUAAGGUUCAAAUAGCUAUUACGAGUACUUAGACACGUCGACGUUUUAAUAAUACCGUCACACUUCCGAGCGUCCGAAACCACUUUAACUUCUGUUCUGAAUAAUCUGUAUGAUUCGCUACCACCACUAGCCUUUUUCGAUUUUUAUGUCUCUUUUUCUACACACCGGCCUUUAUAUUUUUUGUAUAACAAGUAUUUGGAGAGAGAUUUCUUGUAAUGAAGAUUUGUUCUUUUUUCUCUUUUUCAUUUGUGACACCUAAAAAACAGACUCACUAAUUGAAUUAAUAAUUGUUUUUUCUCCUUUUGUUUGUCUAUGUUUCAUAGCAUUGUGUAGUUUUUGAGAUCUAACCAUUAUAGUAUUAGUAGGAUCUUCGGAUCUUAGUUGCGAGAAGCAUGUCGGUUUAUUAAACAAAUGAAUUGUACAUUCAUUACCUUAACAUCACUAUCACUAUCAUUAGCCAUAUAUAUAUUUUUUUUGUUUCUCCAAACAUAUAUAAUAUACAUAAACGCCUAUUAUUACUAUUGUUGUUACAAUUGUCAAUACUUAAUAUGAACAUGAAUUUCUCUGGACUCUCACCUUUCUUACACAUGAGAUUACGAGGAAAAACUAAGGCAAAGCUAAUAAUUAAACGAGUUUCUAAGAAAUUUGAACUUUCGAACGAAUCGUUCGCUGUAAUUAACGGAGAUUGUAUAACCGUAGUGAUGCGAGAAGCGCAUUAGACACGUAAGAGAAAAGAACAAACUGAACAACAAACAAGAACAAUAAAUGAGAUUAUUGAAGGAAAAAAUGACGAAAAGCAACAAAAAAAAAAAAUAAAUAAAAGAAAAUAAAAUAAAAAAAUGAAGCCGGCAGUGAUAAUGGGUUAGCAGGAGCACUACUUCAAUGGGCGUUCCUUCACUAUUUUGUAAUUAAUGCCAUGUACUACUGUUCUCGCUAACCACUAUACUGCUACUGCUGCCAUUAUUGUUGUAGUAGUUGUUGUGUAAAAAGAAAACUUCACCUUUUUACUAUCAUCAUAUCAUUGUCAUUGAUUAUAGUCAGGUCUACCAGCAUCGCCAUUUCUCUCACUAGCAGCACUACCACCGCAUCAUCAUCAUCAUUAUAUGCAUCAUCAUUAGAGCGUAGAGACGGUAGAGUGAGAAUUGACAUUUUAGACAAGUACGAGCUUGGGUGUGAGAAAGGGAGAAAGAGAGAAUCAUCUAAUAAUUAACGAAUAACAAUAAUAAAAAUGAGAAAAUCAUAGUAAUAACGAUAAUUGCUGAUAACGAUAAUUAACGAUAACAAUAAUAAUUCAUGGAAUGCGCCUGCCGAUUAACGGUGAAGCCACACACGCACGGGGGAGAUCGAAAGAGCUGUGUAUGUGUGUAUUGUAGUUGAAAGUCGAUCGAUAAGCUGUGACGUGCGUGUGUGUGCGUUGCAAGCGUGGAUGAGAAACGGUGAAAGAAAGCAAGCGAGCUGAAAGAAACCAAUUUUUCAGAGCGCAGCUCGAGAUCGUUGAUCGAUAACAACAAUAAUAUUGGGAUUUGUCUGUCGUUUUCUUGAUUUGUUUUCUUAGCGGCGACUCUCGCAGCUUCUUUUUUUUAUUCACUGUGCGGAGAGCCGCCGAUUAUCAAGCUAUUAUAAUAUACGUAAUACAUACUUUGAGAAGUGCAUGCAUUUUUUCUGUAUAUUUUCAAAUCUUCCGUAAUCUAUAGCUUCCGAAAGCAAUAAUCAAUAGUAGUAAUAAUUAGUAGAUAAUACUUAGUGAUACGAUUGACAAAAGUUGGAGAGCAAGGCUGUAAUUACUUAUGGCCACCGCUAAUUUGGUUGUAUACACUGAUCACGCUCAAGUUUUUUGAAACGUAUACGGCAAAACAAGUGACUAAUGGCUGCUAUAUUUAUGGAGAAAGACAGUUUUGAGAGAGAGUAAUUUUUUCGUAGACGUAAAUAAACGUUGAUAAGCAAAAUGGAAAGGAUGUUGAGUUGCGCGCAUGUAUGUAGCCUCCUGUGUUACGUAUGGAUGGAGAUCUGUAUUAUUGACUCACUCACUUACAAAUUAAAAGAGAAAAAAGCAAGUUAAAAAAAAAACGUCAAGUCCAAGCAAUCACUCACUAACACCGAUACCGAUUAAAAUGAUAAACGUAAUUUAGUUUAGUCGACAUGCCUAGAGAAAUUGCCAAUAAAGUAGUUUAAAAACUUGUAGCUAACAUGUUUGUGUAUUUUCCUCGUAUCUGUCACUUAUAUUACCUCUCAUUUAUCUCUUUUCGAAAUAAUUUUUGACUCCGCAGCCUCUUUGUCCCUGCCCCAUGCUCCUCCUCUAAUUGACAUUGCCAAAGUAAUAAUUAUUGUGUUGGUCUGUGUGUUUGCGAUAUUUACAUAUUAUCUUUUUUUCUAUACAUAUAUCAUUCCUCCUAUUCUCGAAAACACUGUCCUACCUCAUUUCUAUCUCUCUAUCUCUCUCUCUCUCUCUCUCUCUCUCUCUCUCUCUCUCUCUCUCUCUCUCUCUCUCUCUCUCUCUCUCUUUCUCUCUCUCUUUCUCUUUUUUCCUCUCUUUUUCUCUCUCUUUCUCUCUAUUUUCGCCUUUUUCUUUCGAUCCAUUUUGUUUUCUCUCAAUCCUAUUCUUUGAUUACUAGCAUCUCUUGGAUUUAAACGCACUGACUUGGAAUGAGCAUCGACACACGUACAUACAACAGCCUUGGGAUUGUUGAGAACUCGAGAGAGUUGAGCAGCCAGGUAAGGACACUUGAGACGAAAGAAAGUAACGACCAGUAGUGAUUUUUUGGCUAGAACUGUUGAGAUUUUUUAUAUCAUAGUACAAGUCGUUUUAGUCUCUUAGUUAUUAUACGUAUCUGCAUUACAUAUAUACUUCGCGCUUGUUAUAUAUCAAUAUCAAAGGACACGAGAGUUUUUAAUUAGACAACAACAUUGUAUAUUAUCUCUGUGUGUAUAUUUCUUGCAAUAUAUUAUUGGAAGUGGUUUUAGACAAAUUUGCAAGUGUGACACACUGACCGACCCACCAUAGAGAGCAUCGCAACGCCAGAGCUGAGCGUCGCAAUCGGCGAAGAAACUAAUCAUUAAUAACGCAUUCUAAUGUUGCAUAUACAGAGGCGGGCUGUGAGAAUGACGAAGUAGACACGAGUUAGAAGAGUUAGUGCCAUUAUUUUUGUCACUUGUGUGACUCGCUCUUCUUGUCUUGUUCUUGAGAGCUGGAACUCGUCGAUUUUAGAGUAUUAGACUAAUCUGUGCCACGACGAAGCCAGUUUUCACGAACCCAACAAGAGAUAUGGACUUUUUGACGUUUGCUCAAAGACAUUGAUUCGGAAAGAAAAGACGAUGGGUGAGGCCGGGACCGGUAGCUUGAUUAAACCAAUUUUUGCUUGUGUACUCGCUUGCUUGCUUGCUUGUAUACUCGUUUUAUACUUGACAUAUUUUUGAAAUCAUUAGCUAUCUAUACAUAUAUCUUUUGUAAAUGUCACUAAUAUAGUAUCCUUUUUUUUUCUAUUUUUUUUAAAGUUAUUCUCCUGUCAUCUCUGGUUUUUUGUAAUUAAUACGUGCCCAACAAAGAAAUUGAAAUUAUUGCACGCUUUCGUACAACCUCAUUUGUUCUGUUCUUUCUCACGCGAUUUUUUUUUUUUUUUUUUUUUUUUCUUACGGCAGUGAAGACAACGAAGGGGCAAAAAUGAAGGUUUUAACUUUUCUAAUAAACAAAAUGCAUUUGUCAAAAAAACAAACAAUUCACAAGUUGCUCGAUAAAAGAGAUGCCUUUUCUCGCGUAAGCGUGUCUAACUAAACUGGACCUUUUUACUAUUUGCGCACGCGAAGAAAUGUUGAAAAAAAGACGCGUCGCAAGGGUUUUUACUCGUAAAAAACGUAGUCAAAAAACGAACAAAAAAAAAUAAUCGCUGAGGGUUGGAAUUGAGCGUGUGCAUGUUUUAUCUCUGUCUAUCGUUAUUAAAGGGACCCACGCGUACCGUACAAUUUUUCAAAGUUAUUAACAUUUCAAUAAUGGUGAAAUGAUGAAAGAACGGCAUCGUGUUCUUCCAAGCGAACGUAGCUAACGGUAUACACGUAUAGAUAUAUUGUACGUCAAAAUAAUAAUAAUAAUAAUAAUGAUAUUAUUAAUAAUAAUAAUGAAAAAAGCAAAAAAAUACAUUAACACAAUUACACUUUUCGAAGCGCGAAUAUAACAAAUGAAGGUACUUAAUUAAAAAUAAAAAUAAAAAAAAAUAAUAGGGUCGGUCUGUGACGCCGACCACUGCUAUUCUUAUUGCAUACAUUAUUAAGUGCGAGAUAAGCAAUAACGUUGAUUAUAUAUUAUGCGAUAUUAACUAUAAUGAGCGCGUCGGCGGCAACGUUAGUUGGUUUUAACAAAGAAUCCCGUAAUUGAGCCACGCGAGAAAGGGUGUUCGAGCUUUCGCGCUGAAGCUAAUCGAAGCUGACACACACACACACACACUUGGUUUCGUUUGAUUUCGUGCGAAAGAGAAAAGGGAGAAAAGGAAAUUGAAUUUUUUCCGUUGAUCAUUGUAAUGCGCGAGUGCGAUGUGCGUGAAGAAAGAAAAGUGCGUUCAUUCAAUUGCCGAGUAUGCAAACAAUGUUUAAUCCCCGGAUCAAUUAUGAUAUCUCUCUCUUAAUGCGACUAUAGGGACAUAGUGCGCGCCUUCGAUUAUGACAAUAAAUUUAACGGGAGUGUGCAUGUGUAUGAGUGCGUCUUGCGAGAGAAUUCGAACGAAGUAGAAAAGCAAAAGGUGACGUACGGAGAGAGUGCUUCCCCCGGUCGUACAUAGACGGCAAUGCGCAUUGUACGCGAAAAGCGAACGCCCUUUCUCGGCUCAGCAAUAACUCUAUUGAGAUGAAGAAUUCCAUUAGAAACGAGUCUAGUCCUCCCUGACCCCCUUACAUACUCCCCCAUCCUCGUUUUACGCGAAGAGGAAACCCCGUCGCGAUGAAUAAAAAGAAAGAGAGAGAGAGAGAGAGAGAGAGAGAGAGAGAGACGCGGAAGGAGGGGAACAGGCAGAAAGGAGCGCAGUGUACUUAAUUCCGAAUCAAAAUGGCACGCGUGGGACACGCCGGAUGAAAAAUGCAAUGCAACUCCCGCGCACGUCUACGCCGGUGCAAGCUUUUAAUCUAGUCUCGGACGCCACGCGUCGCUCGAAUUCUUGGCAUGCAUUUAUCCCUGCUGGCGCUCCCGCCUCGGAUUUCGUUCCUUCGAAAAAUCUUUGCUCAAGCUUCGAGAGGAAUCUUCGUCGCGAAGCUUUCGGAAUUGUUUGAAAAAUCUUAGCAAUAAAAAAAUUAAAUCAAACACAUAUAUAUAUAUAUAUAUAUAUAUAUCUCGGCGAGCUUUAGUACUGUUUGGGCGAAGCUUUCGCGGAGCUAAUACGUAACGUAUGUUUUCUGCGAGCAUUUAAUUAACUUGAUUGAAGAAUCGAUGCGAACGGUCGUUCGGCGCGCUUGGUCUCUACCCUCCCUCCUGUUCUCGGCCCUCGCCCUACUGUAAAUAUGGAAUUCGUGCAGGGCGAGGGUGUGUCUAGUCUUGGCGGAUAACUCGCGCGAAUCGCUCUAUCGUAUCUUCCUAUACAUAUAUAUAUAUAUAUAUAUAUAUAUAUAUAACGUGCGUGUCAUGAUGGACGCUGCUACCUACCUACCCUUCUCGCUCGCUCUCUCUUCCUCUUCUAGUUCGCGCGAGUGAACAGCUAUUCAGGCUGUGAGUAGAGAGAAGAAAAAUAUACACAGACACAUACAUACACACAGAAAAUAAAAAUGGAGCGUACGCGCGCGAGUUUUGCGUGCGCGCAAAAAAAUUAAAGUAUAAGAUAAGCUUAAUUAAUUGAAAGGCGACCACUUGAAUCACUACUCUGUAAAUAUUAUAUUAUACAUAUACAUAUGAUUGCAAUUAUAUAUAAAUAUAUUAUAUAUAAAUAUCGUAUGCGCAUGCAUAUCGUAAUUUUUAAGGAACAAUACGUACUCGUACACGUAUAUUUUUUCAAUCUCAUUCCAAUGACGACUGUUUUGAUCGCGCGUUCGCGAGGUUGAUUAAUUAUAUUAAAUAUAUAUAUCCCUAAGUAAACAAAAGGACGAGGAAAGAUCGAGGGAGAAGGACGGCGAGUUUCCUUCGGUGCAGCCACACCAUAACUUGGAUGAGUUAUUUGCGAUGGACUGUUUUUGUACAAAACGUGUGGCGCGUCACGAACGGAUGACGAAAAAAAGCAAACAACACGACAAGAGAAUUCCGAGCAGAAAUAGGCAAUUCGCAUGCAUACUUAUAGAGCUCUAGAUUCGCGAUCAGUGAUAUGCGUGAAUCGUAUCAAAAACGAUGUAUUAUAAUGACAUAUCAAUAUAAGAGGUCUGCAGUUGCUGACGAAGAGGCAAGAGGAUUACGCGAUAUAUAAGGAAGUUUUAACGAGAAAAUAAAGUAGACAAACAAAAAGUGAAUCUUAGACGAGUUUUUAGGCUCUUUAUAUAGCUAGGAGAUCGACGAUUAUUCCACUCGUGUCCUUUUUACUUUCAUUAUCAAUCUCGUAAUCGCGACACCUAUGAUAUUACAUAAGUUUUAUUUAUAAGCUUUAUUUAUUUAAUUUAUUUAUUUGUGCAAAACUCUUAUUUAUAUAAAAAUAUACGCGUAUAUUAACAAUUGUUGGAAUAAUAAAGUGUCAAUCAUUCGGAAGGAUAAGCAAAACUUGCAAUUGUAUUGUCAAUGAUAUAUUAAAGUGAUGAUGAUCAAUUAUACUUUUGUAGUGGAAGAGCUAAGAGAUCUCAGCCUUUAUAAAGUGACAUUACUUAGACGUUGAGUAGUCAGAAACUUGUAUGCGACUUUAUGUAAUGAGUUUAAUCCGUUUCAUUUAAAUAACCAUAUCGUUAGUGUCAUACAACGAGCGCCUUAACAUAUGCAAGAUGAAGAAAAGAAACGAGAAGAAAAAAAUAAUGACCGAACAAAUUUAAAUGCAAUUUUAGCCCUAUAAAUUUAUAGGAUAUGAAUCUAACAUUACUAAAAAAAGAGAGAAUGAAUAAAUAUAAAAGUGAUGAUGGAUCAAUAACCAGACGUAUACAUACAUAUAUAUAUAUAUCUCUCUCUCUUUCAUGUAUACACACUAAACUACCUUGAGACCAUUUAGACUACUCGAGAGUGUAUGCUACUCGUACUCAACUUUUUACGUUUCUUUCAUUCGAUUAUUACCACUCAUGGAAAUGUGAUAUUGAUUAUUCGAUAACACUAUUUACCCAUUAAAAUUGUAUUAUAAUGUUUGACUUAUUGUCCACCUUAUCCUUCCCGAACCUCGUUUACAUUCCACUUUCUGAUCCUAAUUGUUUAAUUUUAGAAACAUUAGCAUUACAAAUGUAUUAACUCAGCUGUAAGAAUAAAUUUUAUAAUAGUAAAGUAAAAGUAUAUAAUCAAGAUUAGAUGAAGAUUAUAAUCAUUGAACUAGAGCAGAUAAUUGCAAAUAUUUUUCAGUAGUACAAAACUUAUAUAUACAUACGCAUAACAGUUUUAGACACUUUAUUUAUUAUUCUAACGUCAUUUUAAUUAUCGUUGUAUUACUUAAUACAGAACAAGUCAUUUUGAUUAAGAAUUA